CUUUUUAAAACGUGGAUUUGAAGAUGAAGCUCUAUAUUGAUAAUAGUUGUAAUAUUAAUUCUCUGAAAAUUCUCUGUGUUUCAGAGUUUUAUUCAACAGACAUCAAAAUUGAAAAUUCAUCUGAUUUGAAAUGUUCUGCUAAGAUACCCCUUUUUAAAACUUCUGAUGGUUUGGAGCUGUUUUCAUCUAAUGCUACCUGCAGGUACUUGAAUGUGGUAAAUGGUAAAGUGAUAGAUGUUCUUACGGAACAUUGGCUAGAAUGGGAGUCUACAGUCCUUCAGCCAUCAAUUUUAUACAUUUUGAAAACUUCCAAGGGUGAGGCUCUCCAUUCUAGUUUGAGAAAUAACUUAUUAUAUUUAAAUUCUGUGUUGGAAAAGCAAGCUUAUUUGUCUAGCAAGGAUUUAGUUGGUCUCUCUGACGUUGUUAUUUGGGCCAAUAUAUAUCCUUUGUGUGUAUCAUCUUGCAUAUCUGAAGAAUUGAAAAUUCCUUUUGUUUAUAAAUGGGCAUUUCUGUUGAGUGAGUUAGCUCCAUUAAAAAAGGCAUUUUUAAUCAGCUCCAGUGGUUGUGUGUCUGAAAAUUUAAAAAAAAAAUUGGUGUGUUCAUCUGUUUUUAAUCCAGAGCAUAUCAAGUUUUUCAUGCCUAUUUAUGUGUCUGGAUUUUCCGUGGAGGCAGAAGUUAAAACUGGAGAUACUAAAAAUGAAGACGAGUGUGCAAAGGAACCAGACGUUACAGCAGAAGAAAUAGCUAAAGCAUUUAAAAAUUGGACAAAAGGAAAAAAUGCAUUACCUGUAUUAAAGAAGAAAGAGGUUCCCUUGUUGCCUAAGAAAGGAGAAAAAAAUAUACUGGUUACAAGUGCUUUACCAUAUGUUAACAACAUACCACAUUUAGGUAAUAUAAUUGGAUCAGUUCUUAGUGCUGAUGUCUUUGCUAGGUACUGUAGAAUACGAGGAUACAAUACUCUUUAUAUUUGUGGAACAGAUGAGUAUGGUACAGCAACCGAAACUAAAGCUAUUGAACUUGGAAUGACACCUCAAGAAAUCUGUGAUAAAUUUAACAAACUACAUACUGAUAUUUACAAAUGGUUCAACAUAUCCUUUGAUUUAUUUGGUAGAACAACUACAUCUCAGCAAACAGAAAUUGCUCAGGACAUUUUCAAAAAAUUACAUGCGAAGGAUUUGUUGAUUAGUGAAACUGUAGAGCAGUUAUACUGUGAAAAAUGCGAGAGAUUUCUUGCAGAUAGAUUUGUGGAAGGAACUUGUCCAUUUUGUGCGUAUGAAGAUGCAAGAGGAGAUCAGUGUGAUAAAUGUGGUAAACUCAUUAAUGCACCUGAGCUGAAAAAUUCAAAGUGUAAACUUUGCAAAACAAGCCCCCAUAUGCGAGCUUCAAAGCAUCUUUUUUUGAAUCUACCAAAGAUAGAACCUUCGUUGAAACAGUAUUUAGACCGAGCCACCAGUGAUGGACAUUGGUCAAACACAGCAAAAGUCAUAGCUUAUUCUUGGCUUAAAGAUGGUUUGAAACCUCGAUGUAUAACUAGAGAUUUGAAAUGGGGAACUCCUGUUCCUUUGGAAGGAUUUACUGAUAAAGUAUUUUAUGUUUGGUUUGACGCUCCUAUUGGUUAUCUCUCUAUAACUGCUAACUACACCAAAGACUGGGAAAAGUGGUGGAAACAGCCAGAUCUAGUUCAGCUUUAUCAAUUCAUGGCUAAAGACAAUGUUCCAUUUCAUUCAAUAAUAUUUCCUGCAUCACAGAUUGGUACACAGGACAACUACACAAUUGUAAAUCAUCUAAGUGCUACUGAGUAUUUAAAUUAUGAAGAAGCAAAAUUUUCAAAAAGUAGAGGCAUUGGUGUAUUUGGAGAUAAUGCUAAAGAUACUGGAAUUCCGUCAGACAUAUGGAGAUUUUAUUUAUUGUAUAUUAGACCUGAAGCUCAAGAUACUUAUUUCAGCUGGAGUGAUUUGAUGCUUAAGAAUAACUCUGAGCUUUUGAAUAAUUUAGGCAAUUUUAUCAAUAGAGGUUUGUCUUUUGUGAGUAACUCCUUUUCUGGUAUUGUACCUGAGAUGAUUUUAGGAGAAGCUGAAAAAAAACUAAUCGCCCAGGUUGAUAAAGAGCUAAAAGCAUAUAUUGCCUGCUUGGAAAAGACAAGGAUGAGAGAUGCUAUAAGAUCAAUACUCAAUAUUAGCCGAUUUGGAAAUCAAUUUAUUCAAGCAAAUAAACCUUGGGAAUUGGUUAAAGGAACUGUAGACCAGAAAGCUGCUGCUGGUACAGUUCUUGGUUUGAGUGUUAAUAUUUGUUGCCUAUUAUGUACUCUUAUGGAGCCGUAUAUGCCUGAUGCUUGUGCUAAUUUGAAGUCUCAACUGAACACCAACGCCUCUCAUCACGUUUUAGUUGACGAUUUUGUUUGCUUGCUUCCAAGUGGGCAUAAAAUUGGGAAGCCUUCCCCUCUGUUUAAGAAAAUAGAACAAGAGACAAUCACCAGUUUGAAGGCAAAAUAUGCUGGUCAACAGUCCCCAGAAAAGGAACCAUCCAAAAAUACAGGAGCAGAGGAAAAUUGCAAAAAUAGUCCCACAAAUGUUGUGAAGGGAGAAGGAAUUGAGGAAUUGACAGAAAUGGUUACUAAGCAGGGCAAUAAAGUUCGAGAUCUGAAAGCAAACAAAGCCAGUAAAGUUGAAAUUGAUAAAGAAGUUGCCACCCUUUUAGAGUUUAAAAAGCAGUUAGCACUUGCAAAAGGCGAAACUCCUGAGCAGACUCAAGGGAAGUCCAAAUCCAAAAAGAAGCGAUAAUAGUAAUUGUGCUACUUAUUUAUUUAACUAAAUAAAAUGUUUUACA